UGAGACGUCAUACUUUCCGUGCCUUGAUCCAGACAGCUAGCAGGUCUCCCUCAUUCAACUUCAAGCAGCGUGUUUAUGGUGUAUUGCUUUUUAUGAACAACUACAAAUAAAAAGUCUCCACGAUGGCGUCUCGAGCAGGUCCGAGAGCAGCAGGGACCGAUGGCAGCGACUUCCAGCACCGGGAGCGGGUCGCCUCACAUUACCAGAUGAGCGUUGCCUUGAAGUCUGAAAUCCGUAAACUCAACAUCGUCCACGUGCUGGUCUGGGUGCUGAUGGCCGCUCAGGUGACAGUGAGCCAGUUGAGCCUGGUGUCCCACAAGGUGGUGGCGUCUCCGUACCAGUGGGAGUACCCGUACCUGCUGAGCAUCAUCCCCACCGUCUUCAGCUUCUUGGCGUUGCCGCGUAACAACAUCAGCUACCUGGUCAUCUCCAUGAUCAGCUCCGGGCUGUUCUGCGUGGCGCCGCUGAUCUAUGGCAGCAUGGAGAUGUUCCCCGUGGCGCAGCAGCUCUUCCGCCACGGCAAGGCCUACCGCUUCAUCUUCGGCUUCUCCGCCGUGACGGUGAUGUACCUGGUGAUCGUCAUCGCGGUGCAGGUGCACGGCUGGCAGAUCUACUACAGCAAGAAGCUGCUGGACCAGUGGUUCACCAGCACGCAGGACAAGAAGAAGAAAUGAGCGCUGAGGCAACAUGGUCUCACAGGAAUCCGUGGAAUAGCCACGGAAUCGCUCAAAUUUCCGAGAAACUGACACGGAUUUGGCUACAAUGCAAGUUAAUGCCAGUCAUAUCCCGUGGCUAUUCCAACAUACAAAGUGAUUAUGU